AUGUCCAACAGCAGCUCCUUCAACGAGUUUCUCCUCCUGAAAUUUGCAGAUACACGGGAGCUGCAGCUCUUGCACUUUUCCCUCUUCCUGGCCAUCUACCUGGCUGCCCUCCUGGCCAACGGCCUCAUCAUCACAGCUGUAGUCUGCGACCACCACCUCCACACCCCCAUGUACUUCUUCCUCUUCAACCUUGCCCUCCUUGAUGUGGGCUCCAUCUCCACCACUGUCCCCAAAGCCAUGGCCAAUUCCCUUUGGAACACUAGAAUCAUUUCCUACUUGGGAUGUGCUGCCCAGAUCUUUUUCUUUGUUUUCUUUAUGUCAGCGGAGUUUUCUCUCCUCACAGUCAUGGCCUAUGACCGCUAUGUGGCCAUCUGCAGACCCCUGCAUUAUGGGACUCUCCUGUGCAGCAGAGUUUGUGUCAAAAUUGCAGCAGCUGCCUGGGCCAGUGGGUUUCUCAAUGCUCUCCUGCACACGGGGAGCACAUUUUCCAUUCCACUCUGCCAAGGCAAUGAGGUGGAGCAGUUCUUCUGUGAGAUUCCCCAGAUCCUCAAGCUCUCCUGCUCACACUCCUUCCACAUGGAAUUUGGGGCUCUUGUGCUUAGUAUUUGUCUAGUCUUAGGGUGUUUCAUUUUCAUUGUGCUGUCCUACGUGCAGAUCUUCAGAGUUGUGCUGAGGAUUCCCUCUAAGCAGGGCCAACACAAAGCAUUUUCCAUGUGCCUCCCACACAUCUCCGUGGUCUCCCUGUUUGUCAGCAUGGGAUUUUUUGCAGACCUGAAGCCCCCUACCAUCUCCUCCCCAGCUCUGGAUCUGGUGGUCACUGUUCUGUACUCACUGGUACCUUCAACACUGAACCCCCUCAUCUACAGCAUGAGGAACAAGGAGAUGAGGGAUGCACUGAAGAAACUGAUUCCGGUGGUACUAGUUGAGCAGCAAUAA